AAACGCUUUAUGCAGCAGGACCUCCCUUCCGUGCGUUUCUGCCACCAAUCCUGAACAGCAUUCCGCGACGCCCAAACUCAUUAUAUCAUCGCUACUCUCAGACUGAACAGCGCUCACUUACUCAAUCCACGCGAUGCCGGAGCAUACCGACAGGCGACGAUCUUGGUGGGGGAUCAAUGUGACCAGUGAUAAAGCGCACCAUGCGGAGACUAGUACACGAACUUCCCAGCCAGACCUCCUCAAGAACCGCAUCAUUGACAGCCUGAAUGACACAGCACCCAAUGCAACAGCCAAUGGAAUGGAGCCAGAACCAAAAGCAGGCCCAGGGGCAGGUCUCACCCAUGAUGAGCCAUCAGUCUUGCGACGCGUCCCAUCCAAAAUGGAUCUCCUCAAGAGAUCUUCCAUCCCCAAGCGUAUAAAAGUCAAGGGUGGAUCAAAAUUUGCCACCAUUACCACCGCUUGGUCCUCGAAUCGAUCCACACUUCCCGGGAAAGGGACCAUAGGCUCGAUUUCGAGCACCACUGUCGACAUAAAUCACUUUGAUAGCAUGGCCACCGAGGACCAGGAUGAUGCUAUGGUGUUCAACAUUUCUGAGCAACAGGAAAUGAUCGAUGGCGAGCGAGAUCGGGAUGUGGUGCGUCUACUGCUCUAGCCGAUUGGGGAUAGAACAAUUAAAUCGCCCAAGGCGCAUUACAGACUUUUUGGA